AUGGCCUCUCCGCUGGACGGCGGCCCCUUGGACCCGGAGCCCGCCAGCCAGCGCUCCGCCUUCCCCACCGACGAGGAGGCCGGCGGGGGCGGGGGCCGGGGCGGGGUCGGCGGCGGGGUCCCGCGGCGCCCCCCGGCCUCUGCCCCCCCGGACCCGAAGGGCCCGCCGGAGGAGGAGCGGUGGAGCCGGCGGGGGAGGGCCCGCGUGCGGAGUGAGGCGGCGCUGCACAGCAUCCGCAAGAGCCGGCGGGUGAAGGCCAACGACCGCGAGCGGAACCGCAUGCACAACCUCAACGCUCCCCUGGACGAGCUGCGCGGGGUCCUGCCCACCUUCCCCGACGACACCAAGCUCACCAAGAUCGAGACGCUCCGCUUCGCCUACAACUACAUCUGGGCGUUGUCCGAAACCCUGCGCCUGGCCGACCAGGGCCUGCAAGGAGCCCCCAAGGACCUGCUGCUGCCGGCCUUCCUCGGCCCCGCCGCCCCGCCCAGCCCCGGGAGCGACGCCGAGUCCUGGGCCUCCAGCGUCUGCUCUUCUUCUCCCCUCUCCAUCUGUACGUCCAACCCCAGCAGCCCCGCCACCUCCGAGGACUACUGCUACCGACCUACAGAGACCCUCUUAGUCUUCCACCCCCUCCCCAAAGACUUGCUGGCCGGAGCCCCCUGCUUCGUGCAGUUCCACUAG